CGCAGUCACCAUGCAGAACGACCAGGGCCAAGUCGUCGACCUCUACGUCCCGCGCAAGUGCAGCGCGACCAACCGCCUCAUCAUCGCCAAGGACCACGCCUCGGUCCAGAUCAACGUUGCCGAGGUCGACGAGUCGGGCAAGAUGACGGGCUCGAACCUCACCUACGCCUUCUGCGGCUCGGUUCGCGAGACUGGCGACGCCGACGACUCGCUCAACAGGCUCGCGACCAACGACGGCCUCCUCAAGAACGUCUGGCAGUACUAGAAUGCUCGGCGACUUGCUGGGUGUUUUGUAACAGCGCGGUCAUGACUUGCGGG